UGCCCAAAGCGUGGUAGCCGGCUAUCACAACUUUUCAGAGAGAGAGAGAGAGAGAGAGAGAGAGAGAUGAUGGUACAUGACUGGUUUUGGGAAGUAUUGCCAUAUUGCGCUAUGGUUGUGGUGGAAUUGCUGGACGUGGGCAUGACUACUCUCAGCAAAGAAGCCAUGUCAAGAGGAAUGAGUCAUUUCAUCUUUGUCCUUUACUCAAAUGCCUUUGCCUCUAUCCUCCUCCUCCCUUCUUCCUUCUUCCUCCAAAGGAUGCAGCGUCCGCCCCUCACCUUCCGUCUCCUCUGCAGAUUCUUCUUGCUUGCGUUAACUGGGAUUACUAUCAUGCAGAAUUGUGUAUUCACUGGUGUUAGUUAUAGCUCUCCCACUCUUGCUUCUGCAAUGGGCAACUUGAUCCCGGCUUUCACCUUCAUUCUUGCUAUUAUUUUCAGGCUGGAAAUGGUAGAUAUAAGAAGUGCAAGCAGCCAGGCCAAACUCAUAGGCACUCUGGUCUCAAUCUCAGGAGCAUUAAUAGUCACUCUCUACAAGGGCCCAUCAAUCAAGGCUUCAUCACCUUCCACCCACGCCGGUCAUGAUCAUUCUGUCCUUCUCUUUCACAAACCUCCUUCCAAUUCCUUGGCAAAAGAUAACUGGGUACUCGGUGGCCUUUUCCUUGGAACUGCUUCUUUAUCUGCCUCAAUAUGGAUUACUCUCCAAGCAGCAACUGUUAAGAGAUAUCCAUCAGAGAUUACUAUAGUAGCUUUUAAUUGCUUCUUUGGGGCUAUUCAAUGUGCAAUAGUCUCUCUUUUUGCAGAAAGAGACCCAAAAGCAUGGAUACUAAGACCUGAUAUUGAACUCAUCUCCAUUGUAUAUUCUGCAGUUUUUGGGAGUGUGCUUACGUACAAUGUUCAAACAUGGUGCAUGCAAAAGAAGGGGCCUGUUUUUGUAGCUAUGUUCAAGCCCUUGGGAAUUGCAAUUGCGGCCAUCAUGGGUGCUAUGUUCCUUGGGGAUACUCUUCAUCUUGGAAGGCAUCAUCUCUUACCGUCGCUGAUUGGAGGUUUCCUGAUAGGAUAUAAAUCUUUCUUCUUCUUCUUUUUUACCAGUGUGAUUGGUGCUGUGAUAAUAGCCAUUGGAUUUUAUGCUGUAAUGUGGGGACAAAGAAAAGAAGAAAAAAAGGACGACGACAAGAGAGUUGGUGGAUUGGAAACAUCAUCGACACAGAAGGUCCCCCUCUUGCCAAAUUACUUUGAAAAUUAGAUUUUUAUUUUUUUUAUUUUUGUAUAAAAAAGGGAAGAAAAUAUCUACACAGAUCAGCAUGAGCCCGUUUCAACACCGAGGUCUUGGUAUCGAUUCCCUAAUGGGGGUGGCUAACAGUGAAGUGUGAACUGACAGUGGGUGUACUAACAAGCUAACCAAAAAAAAAAAAAGAAAAAAAGAUCAGCAGGAGCCUGGUAAUUGUAUGA